CACCAGCGGAAGUCAACAAGGCGCUAGCAGCGUUAGCAUCGUUAGCUCUGUGUGUGUGAGAGAGGUGAAUGUGUUGAGUGUGUGCAGCAACAAUGUCUUCAGUUCAGUCUCUGAGAGAGUUUAUCAGCGAGCGACUAACUGCUGCUGCUGAAGAAAUAUUCACAGAGUUUGAAAAAACCAUCGUCCGGUACGAGGAAGAGAUCGAUCGUCAGCGCAGACUGCUGGACAUCAGCUGGAAACCUCACACACACCUGCACACAACAGAACUCCCACAGCAUAUCUUGAAGGAGGAAAAGAUUCUCACUGAACAGCAGCUCUGUAACCAGGAGAGGAACACCAGUUUGGACCAAGAAGAACCAGGACCUCCACAGAUGAAAGAGGACCAAGAAGAACCAGAACCUCCACCGAUGAAAGAGGACCAAAAAGAAGCAAAACCUCCAAAAAUAAAAGAGGACCAUGAAGCACCAGAAUCUUCACAAAUGAUGAAGUACUAUAAGGAUCCAAAUUUUCCACACAAUCAAGAGAAACAGGGGGCACCAGAACCUCCCAAGGAUGAACCAGAAUUUCUAGAGAUUAAAGAGGAGCCAGAGUCUGAAACCUGUACGGUAAUGCCUGGUUUUCAUGAAAGAAACCAGCGGGAACUGAAACCAAACUUCUGGGACCAACUCCUUUCACAAAACUCUCCUAAAGUGGAGAACCAAGAUCAGGAAAGAAGCAGGAAUGUAGAGCGACGAUCCUGCAGAGAUGAUGAGCCGAAACAAAUUCAUAGAAAUUUACAAACAAAAGGUUAUGGUGAUGAUGUGGACCGUCCAAACGUAAAGAUAGACCAAAAAACGCAUUUAUUGUUUAUGAUUCGUGGGAAAAAAAUCGGAGAGAAACAUAAUUUAAGAGUUCACAUGAGAUAUCAAACAGGUAAAGAGCUGAUCCAGUAUUCCACGGCCAAGAGGGAACCCACAUUGUUCCUUCUGGAUCUGAGGUUCGGCCAACAAUCAGACUCGCUUCUCCAGUACCCCUGA